AUGAGUGCUUCUCUCCCGUUCAGGGACAUCAACGUACACGCGUCGUCGACAUACUACGCCUUCUCCUCGCCAUCAUCACCAAAUGCGCCGACCCUGGUGGUAGAUCGACCGUCUGGAGACAUCAGGCUCAAUGACGGCAAGAUCACAGGAGGCCACCGCGUGUCCAGCAUUUCUGGCAUUCUCGGUAUCAUCAAGUUGCGCCUAGAUAGCUAUGUGAUCAUCAUCACCAAGUCGCAAGCUGUCGGCCGCCUGAAAGGGCAUCAGAUCUACAAAGUCGUGUCCACGGAAUUCCUGCCUCUGCGAGAGCGCCAAGUCCACGACCAAGACGAAGAUACAUACCUGAAGUACUUGAAGAUCCUCCUCAAGACCGGGCCUAUGUACUUUUCGUACUCAUUCGACCUGACCAACAGCUUCCAAAGACAGGUCCGAAGCAAUGCAGACGAGCCGCUGUGGCAACGUGCGGACGACAGAUUCUUCUGGAACCGCUACAUAUCUUCUUCCCUCAUCGACUUCAGAUUGGGAAAGGCCGCGGGCAGACUUUCUCGUGGCGCUCAGCCCGCUGUGGACCCUUAUAUCCUACCCGUCAUGUAUGGCAUGAUGAGCAUCACAAAUACAUCCAUCAAAGGCAACGGGCUCACCUUCGUCCUGAUUACGAGAAGAUCCAGACACCGAACAGGAACACGAUACUUGUCCCGGGGCAUUGAUGAAGAUGGCCAUGUAUCGAAUUACAACGAGACCGAGCAAUCAAUCAUUCUUAACGACAAUGCUUCCUCGGGGAUGAUGAGCUAUGCCGGCGAUCGCGGCUUUGCAAAUGGAAAGGCAGUCAGUGGUCCCGAGACACAGGUCCUGUCUUAUGUUCAGACACGAGGCAGCGUGCCUGUAUACUGGGCUGAGAUUAAUACUCUGCACUAUACUCCAAAGCUGCAGAUUCGUGGUGUGGAGGCUGCUGCCAAUGCUGCAAGGAAGCAUUUCGAUGAGCAGAUUCGACUGUAUGGCGAGAACUACAUGGUCAACCUGGUGAACCAGAAAGGCCGCGAAAUGCGCGUGAAGGAUGCGUACGAGCAGAUGGUCAAGAUUCUCCAGUCCACACCCCAGGAACAUGUUGAAUCAGAUCGCAGGACGAGCGAGAGAUUUGACGUGAUCGAACCAGGAAACCAGCAAGGCUGGUACGACCAUCUUCAUUACAUCUACUUCGACUUCCACAAUGAAACUAAGGGUCUCAAGUGGUAUCGAGCCCAGCUUCUGCUCGACCAGUUGAAGGAUGGCCUGACCGAGGGAGGUUAUUUCCAUGGCAUUGAUAUGCCUUCAGGUGGCGUCGAUGUACGGCGGCGACAGACCGCAGUAGUAAGGACAAAUUGCAUGGACUGCCUGGAUCGUACGAAUGUAGUACAGUCCAUGUUAGGUCGCUGGGCUUUGACUCGGAUGCUCAUCGACCUCGGCCUACUACGAUCAGGAGAGACAGCACAAGACGACCAGACUUUCGAGCAUCUCUUUCGCAACGUCUGGGCUGACAACGCCGACGUAGUAUCGAAGACCUACUCUGGUACGGGUGCCCUCAAGACAGACUUUACAAGGACUGGAAACCGCACGCGCGCUGGCAUGCUGCAAGACCUGAGCAACAGUUGUACGAGGUACGUACGGAACAAUUUCGCCGACGGGCCUCGCCAGGAUGCUUUCGAUCUAUUCCUUGGAUACUAUUCACCUGACACAGCAGGCAUCGGCUCACUGCAGCAGUUUGCGGAUCGCAGGCCGCUGGCUGUGCAGGCCGUCCCUUAUGUGCUUGGUUUCUGUGUGUUUUUCAUCGUUGUCAGCGCCAGCACAACGCGUCUACCAGACUCCACCGUAUGGCCUCUUAGACUGUUCACAUUCUUUAGUCUGGCGGUAGCAGGGUACGCGGGUCGAUUCAUGUGGAACUACGGGACGUUAUACGUCAACUGGCCUAAACUCAACACUCCCCAGUGGGCAAUCGAAGCAUAUCAAGACACAUUGGAAAAGGUGACGAAAGAUCCGCUGCUUGGCCCAUUCAUAGGCGGUGGAAAAGGUGAUGCGCGGCUCGGAAUCCUUGAGGAAGGCAAGAAGAGACGCGAGUGA